AUGAUUAUUCCUGAUACUUUACAAAGUGUGGUUGUCCAUUCCUCCACAAUCUGCAUCACCCAUGCAACAACUAGAAGCAAAGGAGUGGGAGUAUUUAAAAAGAAAAAGCUCUUCUUAGCAAGUGUUAAGGGAGACUAUGGGGGAAUGCUAUGUCCUUGGUUGAACCAGUUAGGUGAAGGUCUGCCAUCAAAGCCCGUGUGGUUACAGGCCAUGAAAGAAGAAGUUAAUGCUUUACAUACUCAAGGCACUUGGAGUCUAGUCAAUUGCCACAAACAAGAACCGCGUGGUUGUAAAAAUGGAUUUUCAAGAUUAAGACACUCAUAUGGGGUCUAUUGCCAGACCACAAAGCCACGGUUAGUUGCUAAGGGUUUCAGUCAAGAACUGGAUUGGAUUUAUGGGAGACUUUUAGCCCUUGGUGAAGCCUACCCCGUUAGGUUUAGUUCUUGCUCUUGCUGCUCAUUUCAAUUUGGCCUCUUCGACAAUUAG